GCAACAGUGCUGACCACGUGCUGACAUCAUCGUCGACGUCUCCUCUGACGCCGCACGCCGCACGUCACGGCCACAAAUUGUCAGAUUGUAUUGUCAAUUUUUGUGUUGUCAAUUUUUAAUAUUUCUAUAGAGGUUCCGGUGGUUUGUAAUUUUCUUCGUUUUGCUCUAAUUGCUGUCGUGGUUCCUUCUUUGACUCAGCGUCUGGUUCACGCAAGAUAUUUUACUUCUCUCCUACACGCAAUGACACCCAAAUCGUGCGACACAUUUGUUGUACUUCCCCCAUUGACCAAGCAUGGGGUGGUGUUUGGUAAGAACUCUGAUAGACCCCAAGGAGAGGUUCAAGAAGUUGUAUACUACCCGGUUAGUGAAUCUGCUGAUCCUGUGAAGUGCACCUAUAUUGAAGUGGAAGCAGCUGGCCCUACCAGGGCUGUAAUUUUGAGUAAACCCAGCUGGAUGUGGGGUGCAGAAAUGGGAGCCAAUGAAUGUGGUGUUGUCAUUGGAAAUGAGGCUAUUCACACCAAUGACAAUGAGGGUGACCAUGACCCUACAAUAAAGAGAUUGCUUGGCAUGGAUCUUGUAAGACUGGGUUUGGAACGCAGCUCAACUGCUAAUGAAGCUUUAGAUGUGAUAACUCAGCUGCUUCAAAAGUAUGGCCAAGGUGGACCAUGUUCUAAAGAUGAUCCAGGCUUUGUCUAUCAUAACUCAUUUCUCAUUGCUGAUCCUACAACUGCUUGGGUAUUGGAGACGAGUGGAAAACACUGGGCUGCUGUUCAAGUCACCAGUGGAUAUAGAAACAUAUCCAAUGUGUUGACCAUCACUACCCAAAUUGAUAAAAAAUCUGCAGGCCUUGAGGAAUAUGUUAAGUCUAAAGGACUUUGGAGUGGAGAUGGAGACUUCAACUUCUGUGAAAUCUUCAGUGGAGAAAAAAAGCCGGGAGCUGACAGAUAUGUAGCUGGGGGAAAACUGCUUGCUGAGCAUAGUGCUUCAAACAAUUUCAGAGAUACAGAUAUGUUCAAAAUUUUGCGAGAUACUGAAUCUGGAAUCUGUAGGUCUUGUGACGAGCCUUUUCCAACAGCUAGUGCACAGGUAUCAGUUUUGUCUACAAACAGACCUAGUGUUCACUGGUUUACAGGAACACCUGAUCCUUCAAAAUCUGUCUUCAAACCAUUCAUCUUUACUAAGAAUGCUGUUAUAUCGAAACAUACAAGAUGUCCUAGUAAAAAUGAACCACAUACUCUGUAUACUCUGCAUUCGGCAACUAUUAAGAAAGGCAGUGACGUUCAGGAGCUGUUGAAGAAAAUGGAGGCUGAGUGUGUGGAGGAAUUAGAAACCGUUAUAGAAAACGUAGGCGAAGAUUUGUCCGAAUUUGAUGAAUUAAUGAAAGAUUGUGUCGAGACGGAAGUCAAGUUUUAUCGUUAAAGUUUAGGAGUAGGCUUUAACGCUUUAGUACUUUUAUAUAAAACAAAAACAAUAACUUUCAAUUUUCCUACUUCAAAGUGGAAUUUUUGUGAAGUAGCGAAAGUCGUACGCGUAAACGUUUAUUUAGUUUUUAUUUAAUUGGUUAUUUGAUGCUGAGUUGAAAUAUUGAAAUUUCCACAGACCAGACGAUCGAUUUCGUGGCGACUUCAUGUCCUAAUGUAAUGGGGAUAAAGGAAAGAAAGACUGAGAGGAAAAAUAUUCGAGUUAACAGAUCUCGUAAGCAUUCAUUUAAUGCUAAUGAAUUACAAAUACAACAGGCAUAAUAGUCUGCAUAAUUUUAAGGGAGGCAGUAUUUCAACUGCUACCCCAAAAAUAAGUUUUGAAGACUCGAAGACUUGAAAAGUUGUGACUGGAUUAUGGGGACAUCUUAGGGCUAAACGCACGCUGAGGAGCGGUGGGGGAGAGCAUCGCAAAGAGUGAAUUUGAACGAAAGUCUUUCGCUACAAGUGAUGGACAAUAAAUUCAUCGAAAAAGAAUGGUCUAUCUGGAAACACCAAUUCCAUCUCUACCGAAAUGGCACGUGGUUAAACCAAAUAAUAGUUAUAUCAAGGGAAGACACAUAUAAGGUGUUCAUUUGGAAACUUCUUACCACGGAUUUAUCGAAAACCACUGAUUAAAAGAAGAAACGCCGAGACAUGUCAAAAGAUUUGUCAAGAGGGACAACUUUUGAACCAAAAACUACUUCAGCCCCUUUCACCCUCUGCCCCUCAGGGUCAUCUCCUUAAAAAUUUUAAAUGACAACAUCUAUUUUAACUUUGAUUUUUUUAAAUCAGUCGAUUCGUUUUCGAGAAAAUUAGAAAAAUCUAUUUAUCUUAAUUUGUUUAGUUAAAAAACAAAAACACACGAAAAUAUAACUUUUUAUUUCAAUAAGUGUUCAAAAUGUUCCUUUAAUUAACUGUGAUAAGGGGGACUUUUUUUGGACCCAUCUGGCAACGCUGUGCUUUGAUGUAUCCACCAUAUGAAUACAAUCCUAAUAGUCUAAGAUAUCCGGCCGCUUGAAUAUGCAGGUAUCUGUUUUUUGACAAAACCUAAUUUUCAUGAACGUUAAAUAAUGGUUGAAUAUAUUAAUCUUACAUCAGGGUUGCCUGGCCGACUCAAUCGACAGGAAUUCGUACUAUUAACUCAGAUACCCGCAGUAGCUGCAGUGCGCCCUGUCAGGUGUCAAGUGUUGGGGUCUUUUUCCCAUUCCGCCGGUUCUCCUGGUAUAUAGGCUCUGUAGACACUUCGUGGAAUGUCUUUAUAAUCCGCCGGUCGGCUCCAUUGGCUUUGGGAGUCUUCUGCAUUAUAGUAGUUAAGCCGAUCGCAAAGGUUUGAUUAUAUGCGGUGUAACUAAAUGUUCGCGGUUGGCUCUUGGACCACGAUUGGUUCACAAAUAACAAAAGCGAUCUACGAGCGGAUCAUCUUUGGUUUAUCAAUUCGCUCAUAGAUGGCUCGCAUGUACCGAAGCGGUGUUGCUAAACUGCCAUAAAAUUUUUAGAAAAUGCUACAUUUAUACUGAGCUGAAUGGCGUUGUUCUUUUCACUGUUUUUGGGGGCUACGCCAAAAAGUCAUACGAAAUAAGUAAACAUAUCGUCUUAGGCUAGGCUGUCUAGAUAACUGGUACGAGUAACCAUGUCAAAUACGCUGACGAUUAGUUCCUCUUCUGUUAUUAAACUAAAUCGUGUAAUAUUCCGAGUAUGUCCCUAAAAGUUAAAUAGCUGUGUGUAACAACUUACAGCUUUUGAGAAUAUCUCCUCUCGCGAAAAGUGUGAUUUUUAACUUGAAUGAAAAAUAUAUUUCGUAGGUUGCAAACAGAUGAUAAAUAUCCCCGGUAUGAAUAAUUAUCCAAACAAAAGUAAAUUUGAACAAGAAUGCUUUCACUACAAGUGAAUGAAUUCACCCUAUCUGUCAACAUCACAUUGAUCUUCAAAUAAAUAAGAACGCCAUAACCUGUUUUGUGGAAGCCCUGUUUUUGGAUACAUCUCUCUCUAAUUUGUUCUCCUUGUCCAGCAUUCUUCUCUUGAUAUAACUGCUCUUUGGUUAAACGUAAUUUUGUCCCUCUCAGUUUAAUUUUAUUCAAUUUCUUUUUGGUCUAUCUCUGAUUUACUGUGAUUGUUCGUUCCAAUUAUCCCCAUUACUCAUUUUUACGUAUCUCUCGUAUAUCUUUGGGACAAGUAUACGAUUUUUCGUUAAACAUUUCGUAAAGACGGCUGUCCGAAUUCGAUACAAUUUUUUUGUACAGCUUAGACUGAUGAUUACUAUUGUUUGGAGUAUUUUAUGUUCAUCGCAGAGAUAUACCUAUAUUGUAUAAGCAAACAAUAUGGUCUAGCUUUGAUGGGUUGCUUCAGAAUGCAUGAUAGCAUAGUGAUUGUAUCUUUUACUCUAUAGAGAUUACUCGUAUCUUAUAGUAUUUUAUAAUGUGAUAAUUUUAUAAUGUUUUUGACGGAUGUUUAUUUAUAUUUAUUUAUUUAGAUUCUACAUAUUGUAGAAUAGGCUUGUGAACACUUGGAAUUAUACUGAGAUAUAUUAUUUGCACAUUCCUUAAUAAUAAUCAGAUAAUAUGAAGCAUGA